AUGGCAUCCAUAACAGAGUUGAAACGCGCUUUGAGAGAGACGCUGGGCCGGGGGGUCCUCGGGCAGCUGAAGGCGAGGAUUCGGGCAGAAGUGUUCAGUGCGCUGGACGAUCAGACCGCACCGCGCCCGCCGCUGUCCCACGAGAACCUGCUGAUCAAUGAACUAAUCCGAGAAUACCUGGAGUUCAACAAGUAUCGAUACACUGCAUCAGUGCUUACCGCAGAAUCAAGUCAGCCUGAAGUUCCCCUGGACCGUCAGUUCAUGGCCAAUGAGCUCAAUGUCACUGAAGAUGCAAGCGCCAAAGCUGUGCCUCUGCUGUAUGGUUUGCUCCAUCAUUUCCUUAGCAGUAAGGAAGAGAACAAAGGAAAACUCUUCCUAACAAGCUCAGUAACGGUGCCUUCAAAAGAGUCAUAAAACGAAUAGAUGCCUGUUGUGUUUCCAGUUUCUAAGAGGCAACACUCACCGGAGGAAAUUAUAUUAAGCAGUUAAGGCACCAUUUCGGUGUUAAAGGGGCCAAAAUACUCUGUUUAGUUUAGUUUGGGUUUAGAUAUUGAGUGCAUUUAUUUAUUUUAUUUUUGUAUUGAUGGCAUCAGUUGUAUGGCUUAAUCCAAAAGCAAUUCAGUUUCACUUUUCUAUGGAAUCCCAUUUCUGCCACAUAGCCACAAAAAUAAUUGUGCUUUGGUAAAUCAAAAUUAUAAGAUACAAAGUCAUAAUUAUGAGAUAAAAAAGUCAUAUUUCUGAGACUAAAAGUCAAAAUUAGGAGAUUAAAAAAUGAAAUUAUGAGAGGCUAAAUCAUAAUUUUGAGAUACUAAAUUAUAUUUAUGAGAUACUAAGUCAAAACAAUUUUGAGAUAAACAGAUGAAAUUAUAAGAUGCAAAGUCAUAAUUGUGAGAUACUGAAUCAUUAAUAUGAGUUGCUAAAUAAUAAUUUUGAAAUUCUAAAUCAUAAUUAUGAGAUGAUCUCAUAAUUUUUUACUUUUAAAAAGUAAAAAUGAUGAGAUCAUCUCAUAAUUAUGAUUUAGUAUCUCGUAAUUUUGACUAUCUCAUAAUUAUGAGAUAUAAUUUAUCUAAUAAUUUUGGCUUUUUAGCUUAUAAUCUUGAUUUAGUAUCUCAUAAAGAUGAUUUAGCAUCUCAUAAUUAUGACUUUGUAUCUCAUAAUUUUGACUUAACGAAGCACUAUGUUUUUUUUUAUGUGGUGGAAUGGGCUUCCAUACUUUUCAGCUGCACAUCUGAUAUAAGACAUAAUGGGAUUACAGAGAUGUUUUUAGUUACAAUAUAGUAUAAUAUAGCAAUUGUUUUUUAUGAACUGUAUGUAAAUAGUCUUGACAUUAAUUGGAUGUUUUUUUAGCAUUUCAAAAAAUAAAAUAAAAGCAACAUUAAAUUU